AUGGAACGAGUCAGAUUGACAAUAAGAGAUUAUGAUCAGUUUAGACUAUAUUAUGAUAACUUGCUGUGUUUUGAGAAGUAUGUAAAUGCUCCAAACAUCGAUGCCAGAGAAAUAAAGGAAAAUUUGGAACGAAGAGUGCUUGGGAAAGUAGCAGUUCUGCAGAAGGUAGCUAAUGAAACAUCUGAUGCCAGUCAAAUUGCCAAUAGCUUGAUUAGUAUGAAAUCUAUUUCCAACAAUAUACCGGCUUUUAAGGAAACGAUAGAUGAAGAUAUAGAUGAAAUAUUACAGACUUACAGGAAGAAAUGUGGCGAUGGAUUAGUCUUAGCAACGUUAGCUGUACUUUUGGAAAACGAUACUAGUGGUGUAGGUCUUAUCAUCAUUUCAGAACAUAAAUGUUUUAAAGGUCAUGCAAUAUCUAUGUUUAAUAGAGAUACUCAACAGUAUGGUAUAGAUUAUGUUCUAGAUAAAUUGAAGGGUGAUGACGUUGAUCGUGAUAGACUGCAUAAACGGUAUGAUGAAUUUAAUUCUAUGUAUGAAGAAUUAAUUAAAAAUUAUAGUGUAAAACUGGAUGAGAAUAAAACUGAGAUUAAUCUUGAUCCAUUAGUUACAGAGAUAAGUCUUCAUGUAGGGCAACUUAAACAUAAAUCUGAUGGCAUUACCUGGAAUGCUUCUGUGAGAAAUAAAAUUCCAAAUUUGGUAGCUCAGAUUUUUGCUUUAUGGACUCUCAAAAAUACUCAGUAUUAUAAUGAGAUGAGAGGAGUUACAAAUAGACGUACCUAUUUAUUACAACCUCAUCCUGCUCAAGUCAUUUCCAUCUUCCGUAUUCUUGGUAUUGGUUAUAAAGUACCGACAGAAGUAAUGGGAGUUGCUAUACCAGGAGUGUCGAGAAAUGGAGAUGAGCUGAUGAAUAAUUUAGUACAGAUUGGUACAGGUGAAGGUAAAUCAGUGACCCUAGCUGUUACUGCUUCUAUUUUCGCUCUAUUAGGUAUUGAUGUGAGGUGUGCAUGCUAUAGUGAAUACUUAAGUAAAAGAGAUUAUCAAGAAUUUCUGCCAAUCUUUAUUGCACUAGGUGUGAAUGAUCAUAUUCACUAUGGUACUUUUAACAAGUUGUGUGAAGAUAUUAUCAAUGAAAACGGUGAUAUCCGUAAUCGAGUUAUAAACUUGAUUGUUAAUGGUGAUAACCCUAUAUUAAGUAAGGAAGUGUCCAAUCAGCAUCCCAAAAUAUUGUUAGUAGAUGAAGUUGAUGUUUUUUUUAACCAAGAUUUUUAUGGCAGUGUUUAUACACCAUUAGCACAGUUAAAAGAUCCAACUAUUAUGGCAUUAACUGAUCAUAUUUGGAAAAGAAGAGAUGCGGCAUUAACACUAGUAGGAAUGAAAAUGACUCUUGAAUAUCGAUCAUGUUGUACUAAGUUUAAAGGAUGGGAAUUUCUCAUUGAAGAAGCAGUUAAAGAUAUGUUAGCUGAUGUAAAGAGUUUCAAAUCUCAUGAUUAUCUAGUUAGUGAGGAUAAAAUUGCUUACAAAGAGCAAGAUGGUAUAUCAUACAAUAUGGUCUAUGGCUAUAAGACACUUUUUGCCUAUUACUACGAGCAUGAACAAGGAAAAAUAAGUAAAAGUAGUUUAGAAGAAAACAUAAGUAUUGGAAUUCAUUGUGGAAGCUUUUCGUAUGCUGAAACACCUCUUCGUUUUCAUCGCAUCAUGGGAGUUACAGGAACAUUAGAGACCUUGAGUAUUCCAGAAAGAGAUAUUGUAGAAAAAAUAUAUCAUAUUCAAAAAAGUACCUAUAUGCCAUCAGUAUUUGGUGCUAAUAAUCGCCAUUUUGCAAAAGAUGUGGACACUCUUAUUGAAGAUACAAGUUUUUACUUUAAGAGAAUUGUAACACAAAUUAAUAAUAUGAUAAAUGUACAAAGAGCUGUUUUAGUCUUUUUUGAAUCUAGAAGUAAAUUGAAUGAAUUCUAUCAUUCAGAUUCUCUAGCUCCAAUAAAAGAUAAGGUUCUUAUCAUAACAGAAGAAAUAUCAUCUAAAGAUAAAGAAAUGUUUGUUAAACGUGCAACAACGUCAGGUCAAGUCACAUUGCUAACAAGAGAAUUUGGACGAGGAACUGAUUUUGUUUGUAAUGAUCAGACGUGUGGUGAAAAGGGUGGUGUUCAUGUGAUUCAGACAUUUCUCUCUGAAGAAUUAUCUGAAGAAACUCAGAUCAUGGGUAGAACAGCACGACAAGGAAAACAAGGAUCCUAUAGUAUAGUCAUUCUAGAUAAAGAUUUAGAAAAAUUUCUGAUAUCUGAAGCUGAUGUUAAACGCAUGAAUGAAAGUGGAAUAAAGUAUGAAACAUUAAAUCAGAAGCGAAAUGAUUUCUUUAAAGAACAGUAUGUAAACAGUAGCAAGUAUGUCGAAGGAGCCAAAAAGGAACAUAAUGAAGGUCAAAAAUUUGUAGAAAGUCUCAAUCAGAGUAAGAUACAAGAUAUUAAAGCAUUUUUGGGAGAACGCAAUAGAGGAGCAGGUGGUAAUAGUCAGUCAAGAACUAUUUGUUUAAUGGAUGCAACAGGCUCAAUGAGUCAUUUAUUACAUAAAGCUAAAAAUACAGUUGGAACUAUGUUUGAACGUGCUUCUGUUGUUUUGAAAGAAAAUGGAAUUCCUCCAGAUUGUUUUCAAAUGCAAUUCGUUGUAUAUCGAAAUUAUAAUAGUAAAGAAGAUGAGAUCUUGCAAACUUCUCCUUGGGAAACGAAAGCAGAUAAUUUGCGUGCUUUUAUGGAUAGGAUUUCUGCUAAAGGCGGGUGGAGUCAUCAAACUGAAGAAGCUAUUGAGAUUGGUUUCUCGCAUGCAAAUGAAGAAAAUAAAAAAGAAAACAUUUCCCAAGUAAUAUUAAUAGGUGAUGCUGCUGCAAAUACAAAGGAACAAGUAAGAAAAGGUAGAGAGAAUAAAAUUCAUGGUGGUGAAAAGUACUGGGAAACUACCAAAUUUAAGGAACCAACUUUUUAUGCAAAUGAGUUAGAAAAGUUGAAAAACAAAACGAGCAAAAAAAUUCCAGUUCAUGCAUUCUUUGUACAUAAGCAAGCAAAACGAGACUUUCAAGAAAUUGCAACACAAACUGGAGGAAGGUGCGAAGAAUUAGAUAUUAAUUCUCCAAAAGGCGCUCAGAGGUUGACAGAUUUAGUGACUGAAGAGGUUUUAAGAAAUGUUGGUAGUUCAAUUGGAGGGAAUGAAGGAAGAGGGAAUGCUCUUGUUGAAGCGUACAGAAAGAAAUUUGGAAAGGGUUACAAAGCGUAG